AUGGCCAGAGUGAAGGACGAGGGAACAGAACUCCUGCUUGGUUGUAAUGCGAACUCACACCAUCUGGGGUGGGGAAGCUCAAAUACCAAUGCCAGGAGAGAAGCCCUACACGACUUCAUGAUGGUCAACGACCUGCUACUCCUGAAGAGAGGAACCGAGCCGACCCUCACAAACUGUAGAAAGCAAGAAGUGCUGGAUAUCACCAUAUGCACAAGAAAUCCGAAAAAAACGGACUGGACGGGGUACAAGGAGGAGCUCUCACUGAGAAUCCAGGACGUACCCAGUAGGUUCGAGAACGAGGAGCGACUGGAAUAUGCAGGCGAAGCUUUCGGAGAAUCAAUCACAAGCUCUUUUGAAACCAACUGUGUAAUGCGUGCCAUCAAAGGAACCAAACAGGUGAGCUGGUGGAGCACAAUCUUAGCUAACCUGAGGGACCAGGUACGGCGGGCGUGGAACAAAGUGAAAAACUCUUGCAGCAAUCUAUGCAGGAGGAAGGCCGCGGAGAAACGUAAACUACUCCAGGAGAAAUUCAACAAAGCCCUGGCGAAAGCUAGGAGAGAAAGGUGGAAGAAAUUCAGCAGCGGAAUCGAGAACCUGUCCGAGGCCUCCAGGCUGGUUAAAUUACUGGGGGGUCAGGGUGUGGCCAAUCAAGGCUAUUUAUUGAAGCCAGAUAGCAACUAUACCUGGACCUCGGAGGAAUCUCUUCAACUCCUGCUUGAGGAGCACUUUCCUGGCUUCACAGGCACGGAAAGCGCGAAAGAGGCUGCAAAGGAAACUAGAAACCGGUAUAAAUCACAGGAUUGGGCUCUAUCAGCCGAAAUCGUCUACCCACAGGUAGUAAAAUCGGCAAUGAAAUUCUUUGAACCCCGCGAAGCACCAGGACCGGAUGGUAUCUACCCGGUGUUACUACAACGAGAAAUCCAUGUCAUCGUCGGGCCUCUUACUAAAAUUCUGAGAGCCAGCGUAGGACUGAGAACUGUACUACGAGUUUGGGGGGAAUCGAAAAUAGUGUCCCUACCCAAGCCCGGUCCAAACGGCUAUAUCAAGAGAAGAAACUUUCGACCCAUCAGCCUAACCUCCUUUGUUUUGAAAAUAUUAGAGAGGCUCGUAGAUAGAUACAUAAAAAUCACACUGCUAAUAGCCAGGCCGUUGUGUUCUGCACAAUACGCCUACAGGGAGGGGUCCACUGAGACCAGCCUUCAACACCUGGUGGCAAAGGUUGAGGAGGAGGAGAAGAGCCAUUGGCACAGACUGGGGCUUGAGCCGAAAGAUCAGUCUAUGGCUGUACAAGAUGGUUCUGCUGCCACGGCUGAUGUACGUAGCUGUGGUCUGGUGGCCCGGGGCAAAGAGGGUGGAGAUAAGGAACCGGCUCAAAUGCCUACAGGGAAAUUUCCUGACACCCACGGAUACCCUGAAAAUAGCCCUGGACCUACCUCCACUUGA